AUGAGUGGAUCAUCAGGAUCAGGAUCAGGAUCAGGACCAGGACCUCGCCGGUGGAUGUCCAACCUGGACAUGUACAAGAAAGUUCCAUCUGAUUUGAUGGAAGGCACAGCGCAAGGCAGUUUCUUCAGCUAUUUGAUCUUGUUUGUCAUUUUCAGUUUGGUCUACUUGGAGACUAAGAGCUUCAUGUCCUAUCAAGUAGUGGAGGAAUUGGCAUUGGACACUCAACACCUGCACCGAAAAAAAAGCAUCUUUGGAGGAAACAAGUUCCAAUCCAUUGACACACUAAACAGCCAAAAAACACAAAAAAUUCAAGUCAGGUUCAAUAUUACUAUGAUGGACUUGAAAUGUGAAUUCGCUACUAUCGAUGUCGUCUCGGUUCUGGGGGCUCAACAAAAUGUCACAAAAAAUCUACAAAAAUGGAUGGUUUCACCAGAAGGAGUCCAAGAAAGAUACGACAAAAAUAGAAACCUACAACAACACGACCUCGAACAGGGAACACUUGAACUACACGACAAAACUGUCACCAAAUCCAUACAAGAACUACACAAAAAUGGAGAAGAUGCUGUCAAUCUAGAUGAGCAAGCUCUACAAACUGCUCUCAAGGAAUACCCAUUUGUAUUCGUCGACUUCUUUGCUAAUUGGUGCAGCCACUGCAAAAUAUUUGCUCCCACUUGGGAAAGACUCGCCGAACUCAUGAUCGAUGCAAAAACACACCAUCAUGAAAGAGUCGUCGCAGAAAUGGAACAAAAACAAAUGGAAGAAAAAAGGCUACAACUCGCAAAACAAGCUGCUGCUACCGGAGAAACCAUAAACCUCGUCCAAAAUCUUACAUACAGUGAAGAAGAAUACCAACAAGCACUACAAGCUGUCAGGUCUCCUCUAUUGGUCGGAAAAAUUGAUUGCGUCACUAAACACCAACUAUGCAGAAAACAAGGAAUCAUGAGUUAUCCCACCAUCAGACUCUUUGUCAAUGGAGAAUUAUUCCAAGACUUCUUUGGAAGCAGAACUGUUGCCAACCUACUACAGUUCCUGGUAUUGGCCGAAGAAAAGGUACUCGGCAAGCAGCCAGACAACGAAAACGAUCGACAACUCACCCUUUCCGACCAUGCCGCUGUGGCGCUGGAUGCCCAUAAUGUCACUGAUGAACAAAAGGCAGCUGCUAUUGCUGCAGAAAGACAGAGAUCUCAAAUUUGGAAACCAUCCGAACACCCUGGCUGCCAAAUUGCCGGGACGCUCUUCCUCAACAAAGUACCCGGCAAUUUCUACAUACAAGCACAGAGCCCCACUCAUUCCUUGGAACCUACUCUCACAAACGUCUCACACGAAGUACACCACCUGUAUUUUGUCACGCAAAGACCGCCUGGGGUCAAACCUCCCAAGAGCCCUGAAAAAGACCUCGACGAAUCACAGAGAGCUCAAGAUGGAACCAUCAUGGUCCCUCCACCUAGCGACUCCAGUGUCUCCGGCCUCAGCCACCCCAUGAAUGGAAAUGUGUAUGUCACUCAUGGAUAUCAUCAAGCUCACCAUCACUACAUCAAGCUCGUCGCCACAAACCUAUACACAUACCAAGUGGUACAAAACAGCCAAAUGGUACACUACAACAUUGACCAAGUCCCAGAGGCAAAGUUCGUUCUGGAUCUGAGUCCUAUUGCCGUCACGUACCAUGCUACAAAGAGACAUUGGUACGACUACAUAACAUCUAUCAUGGCUAUUGUGGGAGGAACCUUUACAGUGGUUGGGAUUGUGGAUGGACUCCUUCGGACUGCCGUGAAGACUACACAAAAGGUAGUGCUGCGGAGACGACGAAAUGGAACCAAAGCGAGGCAGCAGCAGAAUAGGAGCCUUCCCAGACCACCACCGCAACCAACCAGAGAAGCGUUUCAGCAUUCGAGCAUUGCCGCUGCCGACCCAGCUUCGCGUCCAAUAGCGGUGCAACGGCCCAAUGCUGCCGUUUCUGCUGCACCCGCGGCAUUGGCAUCACCAGAUGGGGUCUCUACUAGACCCAACAGCAACAACAACUCCACGACAACGGCCACUUCACGCAAGUCAAGGACAGCGCUGCCUCGGCCGCCGGGGAGGUAG